UCAAGAACUCGGAAAGCGCUUCCGAGUUGACUCGGACUGAGCAUAAUGGAGCAGCACGACGAGCCACCGGCGGCGGGAGGGUCGAUUCGGCCGAGGCUCUUCAUCAAGGAAAUGGUGAUGCGGAACUUCAAGUCCUACGCUGGAGAACAACGCGUUGGUCCUUUCCACAAGAGCUUCACGGCGGUGGUUGGACCCAACGGGAGCGGGAAGAGCAACGUCAUUGACGCAAUGCUGUUCGUCUUCGGGAAGCGAGCGAAGCAGAUGCGUUUGAACAAAGUAUCUGAGCUCAUUCAUAAUUCAACCAAUCACCAGAAUUUGGACAGUGCAGGGGUUUCUGUUCAUUUCCAGGAGAUUGUUGAUUUGGAUGAUGGAACGUAUGAGGCUGUUCCUGGAAGUGAUUUUGUGAUUACCAGGGUUGCUUUCCGUGAUAACUCCUCGAAGUAUUAUAUUAAUGACAGGACCAGUAACUUCACUGAAGUUACCAAGAAGCUUAAAGGAAAAGGUGUUGACCUUGACAAUAAUAGAUUUCUAAUCCUUCAGGGUGAAGUUGAGCAGAUAUCACUUAUGAAACCAAAAGCUCAAGGACCUCACGAUGAAGGUUUUUUAGAAUAUCUAGAAGACAUCAUUGGAACAAACAAAUAUGUUGAAAAGAUUGAUGAGUCAUAUAAACAAUUAGAAACUCUGAACGAGAAACGAUCUGGAGUGGUUCAAAUGGUUAAGCUUUCUGAGAAAGAAAGAGAUGGCUUGGAGGAUGUGAAAAAUGAAGCUGAAGCAUACAUGCUGAAGGAGUUAUCUUUGCUGAAAUGGCAAGAGAAAGCUACAAAGUUGGCCCUUGAUGAUACUGGUGCAAAAAUGGAUGAGAAACAUGAGAUAAUUUCUAGCCUCGAAGAAAGUCUCAAGGCAGAAAGGGAUAAAAUCCAAGAGAGCAAACAAACUUUGGAGGAGAUAGAAGCCAAGCACAACAAGCAUUUAAAAAGACAAGAGGAGCUAGAUAGUGAUAUGAGGAAGUGCAAGGAGGAGUUCAAAGAAUUUGAGAGACAAGAUGUCAAGUUUCAGGAAGAUUUCAAGCAUGUGAGCCAGAAAAUAAAGAAGCUGGAGGAUAAAGUUGAAAAAGAUUCUGCAAAACAUGACACCCUUGUAAAGGAGGGUGAGAACUCAAUGGAUCUGAUACCAAAACUUGAGGACAAUAUCCCAAAACUGCAACAAUUGUUGCUUGAUGAGGAGAAGAUCUUAGAAGAGAUAAUUGAUUGCUCCAAAGUUGAAACUGAGAAGUUCCGCUCUGAGCUUGCUAAAAUUCGUGCCGAGCUUGAACCUUGGGAAAAAGAUUUGAUUGAGCACAAGGGGAAACUUGAUGUUGCAUCUACUGAGACUAAGCUUCUAAAUGAAAAGCAUGAAGCUUCUCAUAAAGCUUUUAAGGAAGCUCAAAGUCAGAUGAAAAUCAUAUCAGAAACAAUUGAAUCAAAAACUGCCAGCAUUUCUCAAAUUAUGGGUGAUAUAGAAAAGAGAAAGCGUGACGCAGUGGAUGCACACCAAGUGGAAGAAGAAUGUAUUAAAGAACAAGAUGCGUUGAUACCUCUAGAGCAAGCUGCCCGACAAAAGGUUGCAGAGCUGAAGUCUGUAAUGGAUUCUGAGAAAAGUCAGGGAUCAGUUCUAAAGGAAAUCUUGAAAGCUAAGGAAACCAAGAAAAUAGAGGGAAUAUAUGGACGCAUGGGUGAUUUAGGGGCUAUUGAUGCAAAGUAUGAUAUUGCAGUAUCAACAGCGUGUGCUGGUCUUGAUUAUAUUGUAGUGGAAACAACAAAUGCAGCUCAAGCAUGUGUUGAGCUGCUUCGUCGAGAGAAUCUUGGUGUUGCUACGUUCAUGAUAUUGGAGAAGCAAGUUGACCUUCUUCCAAUGUUAAAAAAGAAAGUUAGCACCCCAGAGGGGGUCCCGCGCCUUUUUGAUUUAGUAAAAGUACAUGAUGAAAGAAUGAAGCUUGCUUUCUUUGCUGCCCUGAGAAAUACGGUUGUUGCUAAGGAUCUAGACCAGGCAACACGUAUAGCAUACGGUGGCAACCAUGAGUUUCGACGAGUCGUUACUCUUGAUGGUGCACUUUUUGAAAAAUCAGGAACAAUGAGUGGUGGGGGCAGUAAACCCCGUGGGGGGAAGAUGGGGACAUCUAUUCGAGCUACCAGUGUGUCUACAGAAGCGGUUGCAAAUGCUGAAAAGGAGUUAUCUGGAUUAGCUAAUAAAUUGAAUGACAUUCGCGAAAGAAUAGCAGAUGCUGUGAGACGAUAUCAAGCCUCUGAAAAAGCUAUUGGUUCUUUGGAAAUGGAGUUGGCUAAAAGCCAGAAGGAGGUUGAUAGUUUGACAUCACAACAUAAAUACAUUGAAAAGCAACUUGAUUCCCUUGAGGCUGCAUCAAAUCCGCAGCAGGAUGAGCUUGAUAGACUGGAAGAGUUGAAGAAGAUUAUUUCUGCAGAAGAAAGGGAGGUUAAUAGACUUAUUGAUGGGUCUAAACAACUAAAGAAAAAGGCUGCAGAGCUACAGAAAAAUAUUGAAAAUGCUGGUGGGGAAAAACUAAAAUCUCAGAAGUCAAAGGUCCAGAAAAUUCAGUCUGAUAUCGAUAAGAACCAAUCAGAGAUUAACCGCCACAAGGUACAAAUAGAGACGGGACAAAAGAUGAUGAAAAAGUUGAUUAAGGGAAUUGAGGAGUCAAAGAAGGAGGUAGAACGCCUUACUGGAGAAAAAGAAAAGUUGAAGUCCAAGUUUAAAGAAAUUGAACAGAAAGCAUUUGGUGCUCAAGAAAGUUAUAAGAAAAUAGAAGAGCUGAUAUACAAACAUAAGGUUGUCUUGGAUGAAGCAAAGGCAGAGUACGAAAAGAUGAAAAAAGCGGUGGAUGUAUUGCGGGCAUCUGAGGUUGAUGCUGAUUUCAAACUAAAAGAUAUGAAGAAAGCAUGCAAAGAAUUGGAAAUGAGGGGGAAGGGUUACAAGAAAAGACUUGAUGAGUUGCAAACUACUAUUAGCAAGCAUCUUGAGCAAAUCCAAGUUGAUUUAGUAGAUCCCGAAAAGCUACAGGCUACAUUGGCUGAUGAUAAUCUUAAUGCGGCUUGUGACCUUAAAAAGGCCCUUGAAAUGGUUGGAUUGCUUGAAGCACAGUUGAAGGAGAUGAAUCCAAAUCUUGAUUCAAUUGCAGAGUACCGGAAGAAGGUACAACUGUACAAUGAGCGAGUUGAAGAACUUAAUGCAGUCACCCAGGAGCGGGAUGAUAUAAAGAAGCAAUAUGAUGAGUGGAGGAAGAAGAGAUUAGAUGAGUUUAUGGAAGGAUUUAAUGCCAUAUCUUUAAAGUUAAAGGAAAUGUACCAGAUGAUUACACUAGGAGGUGAUGCAGAACUUGAGCUGGUGGAUUCUUUGGAUCCUUUUUCUGAAGGUGUUGUGUUCAGUGUUAGACCGCCAAAGAAAAGCUGGAAAAAUAUUGCUAAUCUAUCGGGUGGAGAAAAGACUCUUAGCUCAUUGGCACUUGUAUUUGCCCUUCAUCAUUACAAGCCCACCCCCCUCUAUGUAAUGGAUGAAAUUGAUGCUGCCCUGGACUUCAAGAAUGUAUCCAUUGUUGGGCAUUAUGUAAAGGAUAGGACUAAGGAUGCUCAGUUCGUGAUCAUUAGCCUCAGGAACAAUAUGUUUGAAUUGGCCGAUAGACUAGUUGGGAUUUAUAAGACUGAUAAUUGCACGAAGAGCAUUACGAUUGAUCCAGCGAGUUUUGUUGUAUGCCAAAAGGCUGCUUAAAAGGUUUGUGAAGUUGCUGCUGCUGUUAAAAUUAACUAUUGUUCAUUAUAGUUUGAACGGAUGCAUGGGACAUGAAAAAUAUUUGUAUGUAGUUUUGUUUGUUGUAUCAGCUUGUCUUCCCCUAAAUUAAUGUUCUUAUUGAUUUAUAUGGAAGGCUUCAAUCCAAAUAUGACAUGUAUAUAAUGUGUAACCCAAAUUGGUUUUAGUUUAAAGUUAGACUCUCAGCUUAAGUGCAGUAUUAAUGGCAGAAAAUCAAGAGCGAAAUCUAGGAAAUGCUUUGGCACUCUCCUUUGCUAUCCAUUCUGCAAACUUGUUGCCCUCCCUGUGUAAUUGUGACAAAAUUUGACCCACAAACUUCUCUUCUCAAUCUGGUGAUAUUGCUACUCUUAAACAGAGCCAAAAUCAUUGAUUAGAAAGUUUUGUCUACAAUUUCAAUGAUUGGGAUGUAUAAUAUGCACUACUUGAAUCUUGACAAAGCAAUAUUGAUUAGUAAUGAUAAGUACGUCAAUAUAUUUUUAUUGA